UAUGUGCGAUAAGAAAAGUUAAAAACAAAAACAGCUGUAAAACUCGAUCGACAAAUAAAGUGCAAAGCAGUGAACAAAAUACACGACUAAGAUGAGCCCAGUGAAAUCCGUACUUUGCGUGGGCUGCACGGUGAUUGACUUCGUGACCAUCAACGGGAGCUAUCCCAAGGAGGACACCGAUCGGCGUUGCCUGGAUGGAUUCUGGCAACGUGGCGGAAACGCUUCUAAUGUGAGUACUGUGCUCCGGGUUCUUGGAUGCAAGGUGGACUUCUUUGGAAUGCUCAGCAGGUCGGAUGGAUUCCGAGUGCUUCUCGAAGAUCUCUCGAAGCGGGAAAUCGGCACGAAUGACUGUCCCUUUACGGACAGGGAUCCGCCCUUCUCCUCGGUGAUCCUGGCUCAGGAUUCCGGCACCCGCACUAUUAUCCACUGCAAUAAGGACUACCCGCAAACCACCUAUGAGGACUUCAGCAAGAUAAACCUUUCGCAGUAUGGAUGGGUACACUUCGAGGCUCGCAACACGCCGCACACCUUAAAGAUGAUGCAAAGCAUCCGGGAGUACAACCAAAGGACCGGUCAAGGCAUCAUUAUCUCGUUGGACUUCGAAACGAGGUAUGAACAGAACCAGGUACUGUGUGCGCCCUGCGAUUUUGUGAUCUUCUCCAAGGAGCUGGCUGGUCAGUUGGGCUGGAAGACACCGCGGCAGUCGUGUGAGGAGUUGGCCUCCAAAAUUCCCGAAGGUGGUACGAAACCUGUCUUCAUUUGUCCCUGGGGAAGCGCCGGAGCUGGAGCUUUGGAUGCCAAUGGGAACUACUAUGAAAUGUCAUCCUAUAAACAGGAUAAGGUGGUGGACACGCUGGGAGCCGGGGACAGUUUCAUGGCGGGAUUCAUUUACGCCACCCUCGAGGCUCGUCGAAGUCUAGCGGAGGCUGUUGACUUUGCCAACCGAGUCGCCAGUCACAAAAUCACUGGAUUCGGCUACGAACAUAUUUCACAGCUUAGCUUAACCAAGUAAAUAUUGGUUUAAUUCUAGCUUAGAUUAAGUCACAUUGAAGGAAUUUAUUAAGAUAAAAGCCUGGCAACAAAAAUUGCAAUUGCAUUAAAUAUUAUUGAUUGUUAAACAGAAUAAACUAAUACGUGCAUCACGCUCAAUUAAGAAUGCUUUAAAGCAUA